GAAAGAAAGAAGGAAAAAGAAAGAGAGAAGAAAGCAAAGGAUGAAAAAGAAAAUAUACAGCAACAGAAGAAUAAUAAAAAAGAAAAUAUACCAACUACAACUAAAGCACCUCCAAAGGAACCCAGUAAAAAAAGAAAUACCACAGCAACUUCUUCAACUCCGACUAAAACUGUAAAUAACAAUACAAAAGUAUCCAGCGGUUUAAAAGAACAAUCUGUGAAUAAUAAUACAAAUUUACAACAAUCAACAAAAAUGGAACCAAGUUCACCCAAAAGUUAAAGGAAAUGAAAUGGCAAACGUUGGAAACUAUCAGGCUGCCGUGGAUCUCUUCACUCAAGCUAUUAACUUGGAUGCAAAAGACUUCAGGUUUUUUUAAAUUAUUAUUUUCUUUUUCUAAAGUUAAAGUUACAUAUAUACCUUUUUUCACUAAGUAAGAACUGUUGUUAACAGAGGCCUAUUUUCUAAUGAAAAUAAAGAACAUUCUUAGGUGGCUUUUUCCCUUUUGGGAUAAUAUCAUACACUCUUUUCUAUUUUAGCUGUGGGAUUGAAUAAAGCUAUUUGUUCGUUCUUUCGUUGGAAAACAACAAACUAAAGUCUGUGGUUUGAUUCCUCAAGGGGGACUUUUGAUUUUCCCUUAUUCUAAGCCGAUGACAAAACGAAUAAACACCUGUCUUAUUUUGCUAUUCGUUCGCAGAUUCUUCGGCAACCGUUCCUACUGUUAUGACCGCAUGGGACAAUACGAAAAAGCUCUCCAGGAUGCUGACGUGGCCAUAUCGCUAGCACCUGAUUGGCCAAAAGGAUACUUCAGACGAGGCAGAGCACUGGCAGGAUUAAAGUUAUAUUCUGACGCAGAGAGCAGUUUUGCUCAAGUUUUAAAACUGGAUAAACAUUGUGAAGAUGCCAUGUUUGAACUGGCUAGGGUUCGAGUACAGCAACUAGAGGAGAUGGGAUUUCCACAGAGUCAAAGUGAAGCAGCUAUCCAGGCUUAUGGCACAGUUCAGGCCGCUUUGGAAGCACUGCUAGCUGGAAAAGUGAGUUCUCCCGUUUCAACGGAGAUAUACGUCUCUGAUGGAGAGGAUGAUGCACAAAAACAGCAAAUAAGAAUGGUUGAAAAUGGUAGCGUUGAUGACGGCCCUGGCCGUUCCUUGUGGGUUGGAAACGUCAAUCCUGAGGAAGUCAGUGAAAGACAUUUGGUACAGCUGUUCAGCAGGUGUGGUCGGGUCGACAACGUGCGGAUACUCCCCAAAAGAUUCUGUGCGUUUGUUAAUUAUGAUCAGGCUGAAUCUGCCGCCCUAGCACUCGAAAAAUUACAG